AUGAAGUUUGCUAAACAACUGGCUCUUCGCAUUAUUCCCACUUGGUCUGACUAUUACAUUGAUUACCGUACUCUAAAGAAAUAUUUAAAAGAGACAGCUUCAAAAUAUGAAGAAAAUGGAUGCGACCCCUUGUUUUUGAAAAGUUUGGUUGAUGAAUUUCGCCAAAUGUUAAUGGUAGAGCUGGAAAAGGUCAAUACGCGUUAUAUAAAUGUUGAAGCGGAGUCUAGUUCUGCCUUGGAUAAGUUGAACGAAGAGUGGCAUAAAGGAAUGUCGGACGAAGAAUAUGGAAUUUGGCGAAAUAAUAUGCUCAAGGUUUUAUCGUCUCUGGAAUCACUUAAAGAGUUUACUCAAACAAACAUUACCGGUUUCCAGAAGAUCCUGAAGAAAUUUGACAAAUACUUUUAUAAUACGUCGACCACCGAAGAAUUGAAACAACUUUCUACAAAGAUUGUCGAGGCUAAUCAAGAAACUCGGGAACUUUACAGUCCGCAAUCAAUUCAUGGAAAAUUUGUCUUGCCAGAGCCCCUUUUACAUAGAAUUGCACCACCAUCAAGAACUUCUACCAUGUCACCUAGUAAUAAUCUUAAUCGUUACGCUUUUACUCCUAUCGGGAAAGAAUUAUGGAGUUUAGUGACAUCUUACAAAUUUGUGACUAGUGAACGCGAUGAAACCUUGUUGUCCAAGGCUAGACAAAUCUGGCGAAAACGAGUUCCUUUAUCACCAGCUGCUUCACCUCUAGCUCCUCUAUCUCAAGAUCUUACUCAUCUCUCGGUUGAAGAAACUUCAAUUCCCACUGUAAUGAGUUUAGAUUUGGAAACUCUUCCGCACGGACAAGUAUCCUACUUAUGGGUUGUAUUAGCAGAAGACGGAAUGUGCUUACCAAUCAAAGUCCCUGUAAUAGUAGCUAAGGGUGUUAAAGUUGGUCCGAUUGUUGGUCUAACUGCAGCCUUACAUGGAAAUGAACUAAACGGCAUCCCAUUAAUACACCGUCUAAUCUCACAAGAACUUAAUCCCGGAAAUUUGCAUGGCAUAGUCGUCGCAUGUCCCGUAGCAAAUGUACCCGGCUACCUGAGUGGCCAACGCACAUUUAGCGACGGGACGGAUCUAAAUCGCUUGAUGCCCGGCAAGCAAAACGGAUCAACCUCACAAACUUACGCGUACAAUCUUGUUGAUCGGAUCGUGAGCAAAUUUACACAUCUGCUGGAUUUGCACACUGCGUCCAAAGGCCGUGCUAAUUCAUUAUAUAUCAUUGUACAUAAUACUUCUCCUGACGGAUCAUUACGUGGAGCUGCGAUGGAGCGUGGCAUUCCGGCCAUUACUGUUGAAAUUGGUGACCCAUCCACUUUUCAGAAACGAUUUGUGAAACAUGCGCUUCAAGGCGUCACCAAUAUUCUAUCCAAUCUCAAAAUGAUUCCCGGUGAAAAUUUAUUGCCAGAAUAUGAUCCAGUGAUUUGUUCAAAAAGCUAUUGGAUUUUUUGCAAACGCGGUGGUAUUCUGAAUGUCCUUCCGGAUGUAAAUACUUGGGUAAAAAAGAACGAACCAAUUGCCACACUACAUUCCGUGUUUGGGAAUCUCGUAGAAACCUAUUAUGCACCUGAAGAUGGAAUUGUGAUUGGCAAAGAGAUGGAUCCGGUAUGUCAGUCGGGACAACGGAUAUUACAUUUGGGAGUCGUGAUGGAUAAAUUUGAAGCGCAAGUUGAUGACGGUCAUUUGUGA